CUGUGACAAUCGGUUGGUACAUUUGGUGAGGAGACCGAACCAGCCGUUAAAGUAUGGACGCAUUUGCAUCGCAACGGGAGGAGUGCCUCGACCAAUCAUACCUCACCAUCCCCUGGUGUUGACCCUUCGUGAUACCGAGUCUGUCACCCACUUCCGUUCUCGUCUCUCCAGUGCCCGACGUGUUGUGUUGGUUGGCAAUGGAGGCAUAGCUACGGAAGUUGCUUAUGAGAUCAAGGGGUGUCAAGUCAUAUGGGUGGUCAAACACGAAAACAUCUCAGUACCCUUUCUUGACCCUGCUGCCUCACAGUUCCUGCUUCAAAGUGGGCUAGCAAAGCGGCAGAGAGCUACUGGUGGAGCUGCUAAUGUUGGCAAUGGAAAUGGAAAGAGCGAGACGGCGCCACUGAUCCGUACGCUCCGCUACACCCUUGCGAAUCGCAACAGCGGCGGUUCUACGUUUCAGCUCGUGCCUGCCCACGAUGGCACUGGAGCAAAAGAAGCAAGUAAAUCCACUGGGUCGGCUCUUGGUCCCGACUGGACUCAGGGCCAACGAUUCGCUGGCAUCAUGGAAGAGGGCACACUCAAUCGUCCUCUCAAGGUAGUGUACAAGUGUCAAGUGGAUCAGAUUCUCUCCCCAUCGGAGUUUGCCGAAUCGGGUGACACGGCAGUCGAAUCCGACUCGGAGGGACCUCUCUUACCGUCGGUCUGUCCCAAAAGCUGGCCCUUGUACGUGCGGUUGAGUAACGGAGAAUGCUAUGGUGCGGACUUUGUGAUCAGUGCGAUAGGGGUGGAGGCGAAUCUGAUCUCCUCUACUUCCACCGCCUUCCCUACCUUUGCUGUACCCUCAGCACCAUGCCCUGUGGUGCUAGAAGCACAAGAUGGUAUCGCUACGGCUUCUAUUGCAGAGGGUGGCGGUGUGGUGGUGAACGAGAUGAUGCAGUCCUCCGUGCCCGAGGUCUACGCCGCCGGUGACUGUGCUUUUGCGGGCUGGAGGCCCAAGGCGCCACACUGGUUCCAAAUGCGCCUCUGGUCGCAGGCUCGCCAGACCGCCUUUCAGGCAGCUAAGAGUAUGUUCUAUCACACCAUUGGGGAGGAGGCUCCUCUAGACUUCUCCUUUGAGAUCUUCACCCACGUUACUCACUUCUUUGGCUUCAAGUUACACCUCCCACAACUUCCCAAUUAUGUGAUGCACUUUGGAAUUAUCCUCUUCAUCAUUUUUACUCACACUAAAACGCAGUCGUGGCAUCGCGCUGAAUGGUUCCAGCGCCGUGGUAAUGAAUGCAUGGGGAAGUCAUAG